GGCCUUAAUUGUUGUCCAAGCCAUUGGAGAAAAUGAUGUGAUAGUGUCCAUAUUGAAACUCUUUUUGGAAAAGUACCUGCUCACCCACGAAGAAAGUGGCUUUUUUUCUUCUCCUGCAAAACAGACAGUUUCCAGUCCAAAGAUGCCAGCCAAGACCCCAAUUUACCUGAAAGCUGCCAAUAACAAGAAAGGCAAGAAAUUUAAACUGAGGGACAUUUUGUCUCCAGAUAUGAUCAGUCCUCCACUAGGGGAUUUUCGACACACGAUUCACAUUGGAAAAGAGGGCCAGCAUGAUGUGUUUGGGGAUAUUUCAUUUCUUCAAGGGAAUUAUGAGCUGUUACCUGGGAACCAGGAGAAAAUGAGAGUUGGCCAGCUCCCUGGGCAUAUUGAGUUCCUAAGGGCAAAUAGCACCUCUGACUCCAUGUUUUCAGAGACACCUUCUCCAGUGCUCAAAAAUGCUAUCUCCCUUCCUGCUAUUGGUGGUUCCCAAGCUCUCAUGUUGCCCUUAUUAUCUCCUGUGACAUUUAAUACCAAACAGGAUUCCUUUGGUCCCUCAAAGCUCCCAAGACUUAGUUGUGAGCCAGUGAUAGAAGAAAAGCCUCAGGAGAAAAGCAACCAUGUGGAGAAUGGGACUGUGGACCCUGAGGAUGCCCCAUGGAAAGGCAAUGGUACAGCAUCCCACUAUAGUAAUGGCAGAGAUAGCCAUUCAUCCAGUCUCUCUGAACAGUACAGUGACUGGCAAUCAGAAGAUAUGUUUGACAGUUCUGUUCCAUGUGAACUGAUCAAGAAGACAAACUCAGAAGAAUCCCUCUCUGAGCUGACAGGCUCUCUGCUCUCCUUGCAGCUGGACCUUGGGCCCUCCCUUCUAGAUGAGGUUCUUAAUGUAAUGGAUAAAAAUAAAUUAUAGAACCACAGGCAUGGUCAAUGGUACUGGCAAGUCAAAAGCAAUCCCAGUGGAAGAAAACCUACAAAGAGCUUAACUAGUGGCAUUUGCAGUUAUGCAAUGGGUUUUUUUUAAAAAUAAGUGUUCCUACAAAAUAUUUUUUUACCUGCUAGGUUGUUUACUGUUGGAUAUGCUCAGAGCUCUCCUUGCAAAACAGAGAAAAUGAGUCAGAACUAGUUUUCUGCAGGCAUUCUCGAUGGGCAGAUCAAAAGUUUGCUGGUAAAUACGCAAGGAAUCUGGCUGGAGAUGGCGCUUAGUAAAACUGCCUGGCUCAAUCAUUAUAAGGAACUUUGCAAUACUCUGACAUUCUCAGCAUGUUAUCAGAGAAGCAGCGUAGAGAGGGAAGGAGGAAGCAUUAAUUCUCUCCCUCUUAUUUAACAACUAAACCUUUUUUCUCAAUAUAGACAGUUUUCUAAGAAUUAUUUGGGCUGCACUACACUGUAGCUAGAUCUUCAGUGUUAAACUAUUUGUAUGAUUUCAUAUUUGAACAACUUUAUAGGGUUGGGAUUUUUUUUUCCAGUUUAUAUAUCCCUAUAUAUUCUAUAUCUCAGAUUUUUGGACCAGCAAAUACACGUUGGGAGGAUGACUCAAGCAAAGUAUUACUGUAACUAAAUUAUUUUUAAAGUUAAAAUAUAUUUUUAUGUGCCUUUGGCUUUUUAUUGCAGAGUCUACAUUUUAUAGGAAUUGCAUCCAAAAGUCAUCGCUUGCCUCGUUUCUGUUGGGGGGGGAUCCAUUGUAAACCGUGUAUGUGUGUGUGCGUGUGUUUUUGAGAAGAUGUAUUAAUACUUAGCAUUACUUUUGUUUCUUCAUCUAUUAUCACAUAAGCGCAUAUCACUGCAAGCAACAGGAUUGUAAAGUUUUUUUUGUUUUAAAAAGGCACUGGUUAUAUUCACUGAGCUUCUUUGGAGACUGAGCUGCCCCACUUACUGUUUGGGGAAAUGUGGCUCUCGAUACAAUACUUGCAUUAAUUACAUAGGUACUUCAUGCAACACAAUAAACAAGUAAAAUGUUUAAAAA